UUGCCACUACCUAUGUGUAGCGAUAGAGCAACGAGUGUUUAUUAACCUCCUACUACGUGCCCCGCACCGUGUUUGGAGCCGGGAAUACAAAGGCAAAAACCGAAACAGGCUCUGCUCCCAGGAGCAGGAUCAUACAUUCUCCUAAAUCGCCUGGCCCCUCCGGGUCUCGGUUCUGUCAGCGGAGUGUAAAGACAAGUCAAGAGUUGGGGGGAGAAAGGGGGGGGGUGUUUCAGCCCCGGCCCAACUUCUCCCUCUGGGGUUCAGAGGGUCCAGAGGUGACUAAGGCCAGGGCGGGCGGGAAAUCAGAGCGCAGACGGGGAGGGGGAGCCGGGGCCGUGCCCGGGGCACCAGGUGGAGGGGCACCCUGGCACACGUUCAGUCACGCCAUCAGACAAUGAGACGCACGCCCCGGUGCCUGGGACGCCAGCGGCCUCCGCGCACGGGGCUCCGUUAUUUCAUCAGCAGUUUCAGAAGAACUCGCCAAAAGCUGUUAUGGCUCGCUGCAAUGUGUAGCUUUUUCCUGCCGUUUUUUUUUUUUUUUUCAUAAUAAAAGAGGGAGUGAAGCUCACUCACUCUCCACCCCCCUCUCCCAAAAAGAGCCAAAUGGAUCCGAGAAGGGGGGAAAAAAAAACCCAAACCACGCACACCAAUCUCGGAGGGGAUGCCAGUGAGGUGUGGCUUGUAUUUAAAUACCCAAUAUGUCAAUGUAAGGGGAGUGAGUGCUGAUGUAUAUAAAGUGGCGUUCGCCUGUGAUAGCCGGACACACCGAGGGAUGAAAGGCAGCCCGAGAUCAAGGCCCAGGGGCCCCGCCACUUUUGUUCCCAGCGCCGUGCAGCAGCCGUCCCAGCAGCGCGCUCCCCGCCACCGCCGCCGCCGCUGAGCGAGCCGAGCAGGUCCCCCGGCCGGCCACGACUCGGGCCACCAGCCCGCCCGUCCGCCCGCCUGCCCAGAGGGAGGCCCCGAGCCAGCCAGCCAGCCCGCGAGCGAGCAAGCUAGAGAAGCCGGAGCCCGGGAAGCAGCAGGGAGCUCAGCCCCAGCUCCGCAGCGCUGCCCGCUCCCCUCGCCCCUGCUCGCCCUCCGCUGCUUCAGCCGGGGAGCCAGCCAGCCAGCCAGCCAGCCAGCCCGCGGCGCACACACCCGAGCGCGCACACACUCCCGCUCCCUCGCCCACUCCCCCACACACGCACACGCUCCCUCACACACCCCCUACGGUGGCCGGGGCCAUGGCCGAGCUCGGGGGGGCUCUGGGCGCCUCUCUCGACUGGGACGUGCACGGCUUCUCGUCGUCCCUGGGGAGCAUGCCCUUAGCCGACUCCCCGGGCUUCCUGACCGAGCGGCUGGGCCAGAUCGAGGGCAAGCUGCAGCGCGGCUCGCCCACCGACUUCGCCCACCUCAAGGGGAUCCUGCGGCGCAGGCAGCUCUACUGCCGGACCGGCUUCCACCUGGAGAUCUUUCCUAACGGCACCGUGCACGGCACACGGCACGACCACAGCCGCUUCGGAAUCUUGGAAUUUAUCAGCCUGGCCGUGGGACUGAUCAGCAUUCGGGGAGUGGACUCGGGCCUGUACCUAGGGAUGAAUGAGCGUGGCGAGCUAUACGGCUCGAAGAAGCUCACCAGAGAAUGUGUUUUCCGGGAGCAGUUUGAAGAAAAUUGGUACAAUACCUACGCGUCUACCUUGUACAAGCAUUCGGACUCGGAGAGACAGUAUUAUGUGGCCCUGAACAAAGACGGCUCACCUCGAGAGGGCUUCAGGACUAAGAGGCACCAGAAGUUCACCCACUUUUUACCCAGGCCCGUUGACUCCUCUAAACUGCCCUCCAUGUCCAGAGAUUUGUUCCGCUAUAGAUGAUGUGCCUGGCCUCUGUUUCCCCUCCCCCUCCCCACCGGUGGUGGGGCCACAGUUAUGUCCUUGAGCUCUAUACUCAUAGCCUUUCAAGUCGUCCUUUUUAACAACUUCGAUAACAGAGAAGCACUUAAGUUGAACUCAA